AUGCCGCCAGCCAAGCGUCCAGCUGCAAAGAAGCAGAUGACACUGCAGACGACGCAGGAGCGCCGUGGCUUGAAGAAGCCUGCCGCCAGUCAAAGUGAGCUUGUGUUGAAGAAACCCGCCGCUGCUACUCACAGCGAUGUCGAUGAACCGAUUGCCACUGACCCGUUGCUCAAGGAGAUUCGACUUUAUGACUCUCAGGGAUUCAGUUUUACAGAAGUCCUCGACUGCCUCAGCGAGGAAUACAACGAUGCAAAGAACUACACAGAGAGCUUCAAGGAUAAGGGCCCAGACGGCCAGUACCGGAAAUGCAAAAUGAAGCGCUGGAGUUUGUGGAAAGCUGGGGCACUUGAGGCGCACGGGUGGCGCAAGCUUCCUCAAGGGUGGCGCUGGAGUUGGCAGUGGAUGUCUGCGGAGUUUAAGCGCUCACCUGAUUUGGCCAAACACUUCAACUAG